AUGAUAUCAAUGGGAAACAUAACUUUUGUGAAGGACUUUUUCAUCGUUGGCUAUCCUGGACUUAACCCUAACUACUAUGGCCUUGUAUCAACAGCUAUGCUUUUUGUUUAUGUGUGCACUUUGAUAGGGAAUGGAAUGUUUCUUUUUCUGUUUGCAGGGGAAAAAAGUCUCCAUAAACCUGUAUAUUAUUUUUUUAUAAGUCUGGUCAUUUCUGAUGUUUUGUUCAGCACAAGCACUUUACCAAAGAUCAUUGCCAGAUACUGGUUCCAAGCUGGGACCAUUUCAUUUUUAGGUUGUUUUAUUCAGAUGUAUUUAGUGCAUUACUUUGGAACAGUCAAUUCAUACAUAUUGGCACUAAUGGGCAUAGACCGAUAUGUAGCAGUCUGUUACCCACUUCAGUAUCACACUGUUAUGACAAAUAGAAAUGUAUUCAUUCUGAGCCUGGUAGCGUGGGUUAUGGCUAGUCCCAGCAACUUAAUGCUGGCCAUUCGAGCUUACCCUCUCCCUUAUUGUGGAGCCAACACCAUUUUGCACUGCUACUGUGACCAUGUCUCAAUUACACGACUUGCGUGCACUGACAGAACUCCAUAUAGUUUUCCAGCUUUUGUUUUUGCCAUGCUAGUUUUGCUGGGAUCUCUUGCCAUUAUUGUCUUCUCCUAUACCUGCAUCAUUGUAGAAGUCCUAAAUGUCCCAAUUGUUGGUGGGCGACUGAAGACUUUCUCUACUUGUACUUCUCAACUCAUCAUAAUAGGUCUAUAUUUCAUACCCAGAUGUUUUUAUUAUUUGAGUGCCAACAUUGGUAUUACUUUAAAUCCUGAUUUGCAAAUAGCUAUUGUUACAUUUUAUAGCUUGCUGCCUCCCAUGAUCAACCCCCUAAUCUACUGUUUAAGAACACAAGAGAUUCAGAAAAAAUAUAUAAUAAUAACUUUUUUUUCAUUUCUGCACUUGGGUCCAGAAUUUGAUCCCAUCAAAUCUGCCCUGCAAAACCAGUGUGCUGUUAUUAGCAGGCAUGAGCAGCUGUUGCAUGACAUGAAGCAGAAGCUGACCCUUCUGGUCAGGGUGCAGACUGAGGGGGUUCAGCCUGCCAGUGCUGCUGCUGCCACUCCCGUCUUAGCUCACACUCCUCCCCCUCUACUGAUCUGA